ACCUUAAACCCUAAUCGUCCCUUUUGUUAUCGAUUUACAAUUUAUUUUCUCCUUUUCCUCUUAUUUUUAAAUCUAAAGUGUUGAUCGUUUGAGAUAUUUUGUGAAUUCGGCUUUGUUGAGAACAUGAAUUCUGAAGUGAACGCUUAUAGACCUCCACCAGAAUUCGAUGAAGAUUCUUCUCAGCAAUUAGUCGAUCUUACGCUAUCGGACUCCACGGAGCUUUUCCUCAUUCAGUGGCCUCUUCACCAAAAUCCUGAAAUUAAUGGCGAAGUAGUUACUCUUCAGCUCGACUCUGAUGGAAAAUUAGGCAGUUUUACAGAUUCUACUGGAAAGGAUUAUGAUCUUGUUAGCAGUACAUCUAAAGUGAGUGAUGCAACGGUUAUCUUUUCCUCUGGAUCGGAGUCCAAAAUCGUUGGGAAGAUUUCGCGACGAGUUUCUCUUGUACAUUACACGACUCCUGAAGAAUACGAACAGCUCAGUUCUAACAAGAAGCUGAUACAUCAAAGAUCCUCCGGAAUGACUGAUUCUUUUGCAACUCCGAUGCAAAGCAAAGGGCGGAGAAGUUCAAUGUCUUUGGGGCGGACUGUCAGCACACAUGGUAGUCGACAAAAAAAUACAGUCUCUGGAAUCAAUGAACAAUCUAAGCCUUCAAAAAGAAAACAUGGUAACGAAUCGAAAGGAUCCAUGAACCAACCAACACCGAGUCACGAGACAACUCCGAUUUCAGGGUCUUUGAAGCAUGGAAGUGCCCACAAAUCAAAGAAAGUAAAGAAUGAGGAAUGAUGCCUCGUCUUUUUCGGGUAUCGAUUCCCUUACUUAGACAUGAAGUUUGUCUGAGCUGCACUCUUCUUCUUUCCGCUUUCAAUUGAAAUCUUGCUGCUUUUCGCAUUAUCGUGGAGGCUUGAUUCCUUUUUCCAAACGUCGUCGACUGUAGAUGUCUUUACACUAUAGCAAAUUUCGUAGUUUUUU